AUAGUGAUCAAGGUCUCCAUGAACGGUAAGAAAACGAUUUUAAAUCGAUUUCUGAAUCGUUUGCAGCAAAAGAUGGUGAUAAAGAUCUGCAUGAAAGGGGAGAACUCGCGACAGAAGGCCUUGAAGAUAGCAGUCACUCAACCAGGUGUUGAAUCAGUGGCUUUACAAGGUCCAGAAAAGGAUCAACUUGUUGUUAUCGGGGAUGGAAUUGAUUCAAUUGUCUUGAUGACACUCCUUCGGAAGAGCAUGGGUUAUGCAGAGCUAGUAAGUGUGGAGGAGCAGAAGAAAGAAACUAAAGAGUGA